GUAAGCAAAGCAACUAAAACUAAACUAUUGGGCCUUCUCGUGCAUGGGCAUGAGCUAAUUCAGCCACAUUGGUCUCCAUAUGGACUAUGAGUCCAUCACUGAUGCAUCUUGAUGGACAUAUAGCCCAUGAAGUCCAUGCACAAAAAAGCGGGCUCAUAUGUAGAUGAAGAGAAGUCUAAUAAGAGGACGUAGUUGUUGCUUAUGUUGGUUAGGAUUUGGAUUUGAUUGUUUCUUUUGUUGGAUUUAUUAGGUAGUUGUUAGGAUCGCCGGGAAGAUCGUAAUGAGUGACGCGAGCAUCCUGGGCAGCGUCACGAAGAGCAGCAUCGUCCUCUGUUUCUUGCUCGCUACACCAAGUUGGAGUUUUCCAGGUACUCUGGUGCGGAUCCGACUGAGUGGUUCACGAGGGUGUACCAGUUCUUUGAUUACCAAUAUGUCCAAGAAGAUCAGAAGGUCUCGUUGGCUACUUAUCAUCUAGUAGGUGAGGCCAACCAAUGGUGGCGUUGGUUGAGAAAGUCCACAUGACCGAUGGCGUCGUCAUCACUUGGGAGAUCUUCGCCAGUGAACUUUGGACAAGGUUUGGUCCAGCUGAUGAAGAUGAUGCGGAUGAAGCCAUCACACGUAUCAAGCAAAUCGGACUAUUGCAGGAUUACCAGCAGGAAUUCGAGCGGCUCGGUAAUAAGGUGGAUGGUUGGACUCAGAAGUCCCUUGUUGGUACUUUCAUCGGCGGUCUCAAACCCGAGAACUCUGAGACCUUGCGUCUAUAUCGACCCGACUUGCUCAAGGAAGCGAUCCGCCUGGCGCGAAUUCGUGAAGAUCAAAUCUCUCGUAUCUAGCGGACGACAUCUUUGGGAGAGCCGAAAGAGCUGCCGGGCAAUCCCAAUGCAAAAGAGAAUCAUCAUGGAGGUUGCGAGAUUCAGCGUGGCGACUGCCAAUCUUGGUUGCCGCUAUCCUGUUGAAAUCCUCUCUUAGCUUGUUGGUUUCUCUUUUGAACUCUCGGAGAAGCUGCAUGCUAGAGUCGCUAGUUCGAUUAUCCUACAUAUGUCCGUCUCUGACAGAUUGAGCAUGGCUAUGAUAUCAAAUGUUGGAACAAUGGUUCCAAUGUUACGAUAGGUGUUUAUUUCAGACUCAAACAAGGCGGGAACUGAGUUCCUUUUUCUCAAUAUCAUUCUCUACCCUUUUUAUUUCUUUCAAUCCUCUUUAGAUAGAGGAGAAAUCCUAAAGCCGAGGCCUUGAUCUCAGCCAUUUGGAGAAUCAAGCUAAGCUCUAUCUCCCUACACCUAAAGAAGUGGUAUAUCUAAUGGGAGCCGAGACUGAUGGAGACACACUAGAGGAUCUCGAGGAUGAAUCUGUUGAAAUAUCCUUUCAUGCGAUUAGUGGUCUUGCAUCGGGACGUACUAUGCGCCUGUGGGCUUUCGUGGGGUCCAAUAGGGUGUUGGUAUUAGUGGAUAGUGGGUCAACCCAAAAUUUCGUGGCAACAAAAGUAGCGGAUCGACUUCAACUGUGCGCCACUUCCAUCCGGAGUUUCGAUGUGAAGAUCGCCAAUGACGAGCCCCUCGCAUGCAAGUCUAGGCAUGACAACGUCGGCCUCACCAUGCAAGGAUUAUUAUUUUCAGUUUCCCUAUAUGUUAUCGACGUGGUGGGCAUUGAUGUUGUGUUGGGGACUCAAUGGUUAGCUUCUCUAGGGAACAUAAUGUGCAACUGGUGGGAGCUUACUAUAUCUUUUGAAUGGCAAGCAGCUCCACAAAAACUCAUUGGACUCACUCCCUUCCUUCAAUCCUCCAAGUCUUUGCGGAACCUUCUCAAAGGAAGCCAUGCGAGUUGUGUGUAUCUUUACUUCAAUAGAUGAGGCUCUCCACCAAGUUCCAGAGGCAUUCCAAGACCUCGUUCGAGAAUAUGGCGACUUGUUUGACGAGCAAAAUGCAUUGCCGCCACCGCGAUCCGUCAAUCAUCGCAUACAGCUUAAAGAGGGCACCGAUGCUAUUAACGUUUGCCCCUAUCGAUACUCGCAUUAUCAACAAGAAGAAAUCGAAGCUCAAGUUAAUAAAAUGCUUCAAGAAGGGUUGAUUCAUCCUAGUACGAGUCCUUUUUCAUCACCGGUGCUACACGUAAAGAAAAAAGACGGCUCUUGGAGGUUUUGCACCGACUAUCGAGCACUCAACAACGUUAUAAUUAAAGAUUGUUUUCCAAUUCCAACGGUCGAAGAUAUGCUCGACGAGCUCCAUAGAGCCAUGUAUUUUACGAAGAUUGACUUACGUGCUGGCUUCCAUCAAGUGCGCAUGCAUGCAUGUGACGUCCAUAAAACAGCUUUCCGGAACCACAAUGGAUACUCCGAGUAUCUCGUAAUGCUGUUCGGACUUUGUAACGCGCCAUCGACCUUCCAAGCACUAAUGAAUGACAUCUUUCGGC